ACUCCAACCAACAACAGCAACAACUAGAGCUCGUGGGUGCAUGCCGCGGAUCAGCCGCGGAUUAUGUCACGUGACGAUUAUAAUCCAGUGAAUAGCUCUGGUGUGCGCAGUCCUGGUCGCGUGCGUCGACUCCAGGAAUUGCCACAAGUCGAUCGCUCACCAUCACGGGAUUACGGCGCACGCGGAAGUCCACUAGCAAUGGGCAGUCCAUACUACCGCGACAUGGAUGAGCCAACAAGUCCCGCCGGUGCGGGACACCAUCGCAGCCGCAGCGCCAGCAGACCACCGAUGUCACAUGCCAUGGACUAUCCAAGAACCCGCUAUCAGUCGCUCGAUCGCGGUGGAUUGGUGGAUCCGCAUGAUCGCGAAUUUAUUCCCAUACGAGAGCCACGUGAUCGCUCCCGGGACAGAUCCCUGGAGAGAGGCCUUUACCUAGAGGAUGAACUUUACGGCCGUUCAGCGCGACAAAGUCCCAAUGCGCUAGGAGGUUACAAUACGGGCAUGCCUACGUCGGACCGUGCCUAUCUUGGUGAUUUGCAGCAUCAGAAUACGGAUUUGCAGCGUGAGCUCGGCAAUCUGAAGCGGGAAUUGGAGCUGACGAAUCAAAAGUUGGGCAGCUCGAUGCACAGCAUCAAGACGUUCUGGUCGCCGGAGCUGAAGAAGGAGCGAGCGCUGCGCAAAGAGGAGAGCGCCAAAUACAGUCUGAUCAAUGAUCAACUCAAGUUGCUCAGCACCGAAAAUCAGAAACAAGCAAUGCUCGUGCGCCAGCUGGAAGAAGAGCUGCGUCUCCGCAUGCGGCAGCCGAACCUGGAGAUGCAGCAGCAAAUGGAGGCGAUCUAUGCGGAGAACGAUCAUCUGCAGCGCGAGAUAAGCAUUUUGCGUGAGACCAUAAAGGAUCUCGAGUGUCGCGUCGAGACCCAAAAGCAGACGCUUAUCGCACGCGACGAGAGCAUCAAGAAGCUGCUGGAGAUGCUCCAGGCCAAGGGCAUGGGCAAAGAGGAGGAGCGCCAAAUGUUCCAGCAAAUGCAGGCGAUGGCACAAAAACAGAUGUACAAUAACUUCACGGGUGCCAGCGGAAGCCCACCACUGCCAGAUAUCAUUGGACAAUAUUACGGCCCCGGAAUCGGAGGUGGAAUCGGUGGAGGAAUUGGCGGAUACGGUGCACCACUUAGCUGCACCGGUUUGGGCUAUGGCCAGGCCUAUGAGCUAUACGGCCCCUCAAGUUCGACAGGGUAUUUAUACGAUCCGACGUCGAGUGCCGCCGCCGCCGCCGCCGCCGCUGCGGCAGCACAGAUCUACGGACAGACAUCGCCCAUACGGCGUAGGCGAUACAGCAUUGCCGGACUGCCAUCGGCGACAAUGUACAAUGAUGUAUACGGUUAUCCGGCGCCGCCGCUGCAGCAGACGAGCUCCACGAACAUUGUGAAUCUGUUGAACGAGGCGCACAAAUCGAUAUCGCGCUCAUCGCAGAUACUCAAUCUGAGUCACCAGGCCAGGCAGCUGGGCCAGCCGCUGAUGCAGACGCAGACAGUGACGACACCGCUGUCCGGCCGCGUGGUCUCCAGUUAUCCGACGCUGCACGGUGGCGAUACAUCGCCACCAUAUUUGAACGAUAACCUGCUGCAAAUGUCGACGAGCUUCUCAUCCCAGCCCAAUAUGUACUUCCAGCCGCAGCCGACGCAGCUGACGGCCGCCCAAAGUGCCGCUGCGGCGGCUGCGCGUCUGCGCCCCGCCUACUCCGUAACGAACCUCGCUGCCGGCUAUCCAGCCAGCUGCAAGUACGGCGCGACGGGCUACGCGAAUCCCUAUCAAAGCGAUCUAACCACUGCCAACGCCGCCGGCUAUGGCCUGGGCCUCGGCCUGGGCAUCGGUCCCAGUUUGGGGUCCGGUCUGGGCUUGGGCUUGGGUCUGCCGGCGGCGCAGCAGCGUCAGCUCAUGUCACACUCACUGCAUGCCUCCAAUCCCGCCAUUUCGCAGUACUAUCAGCAGCAUUCGCUGCCACCGCCGGCCAGCUCGGCGCUGGCGUACAAUCUGCAUCAACAGUUCGCCGGUACGCAACAGCAACAGCAGCAGCAACAGCAUCCCCAUUCGCAUAUACAGGCCUCGGUGCAGCAGCAGAUGAACCCGCAGUAUCAAUAUCAUGUGCAUCAGCACCAGAACCAUCUGCAAACCCAUCCGCUUGCAGCGUUGGCAAAUACGAGCGGCCCAUUUGGGGGGACGCUGGCGAGCAGCGCUCGUGAUGUCGGCGUUGGUUACGAUCCGCUGCAUCAUCAUCAUCAUCAUCACUCAACGCAUCCAGCGUUGCAUCAUUCGCAUUCGCAUUCCAAUACGCAUCAUCAUCAUCUGCCGGGCGGCCUGCAUGCCUCAUCAUAUCCGCACACGCACUCGCUAACGCAUCAUCAGCAGCAGCAGCAACAACAACAACAACUACAACAACAACUACAACAACACCAUCACCACCAUUUGCCAUACUCGAAACUAGACUUAGAUUAUCCGAAACUGCCGCAAGAGCAUAAGCGACAAUUGGACGAAUUCCGUCUUGAAAUACAAAGAAGGGAUCAAGAGAUAUUGGCGAUGGCGGCCAAAAUGAAAACGCUAGAGGAGCAGCAUCAGGACUAUCAGCGGCACAUAGCGGUGCUCAAGGAGUCGCUAUGUGCCAAAGAGGAGCACUACAAUAUGCUGCAGACGGAUGUCGAGGAGAUGCGCGCCCGCCUCGAGGAGAAGAAUCGCCUCAUCGAGAAGAAGACCCAGGGCACACUACACACGGUGCAGGAGCGCAAUCGGCUGACCAGCGAACUCACCGAGCUCAAGGAUCACAUGGACAUCAAGGAUCGCAAAAUUAGUGUGCUGCAGCGCAAGAUUGAGAACCUCGAGGACCUGCUGAAGGAGAAAGACAACCAGGUGGACAUGGCCAGGGCCAGACUCUCCGCCAUGCAGGCCCAUCACAGCAGCUCAGAGGGUGCUCUCACCAGCCUCGAGGAGGCCAUCGGCGACAAGGAGAAGCAAAUGGCGCAGUUGCGCGAGCAACGCGAUCGAGCCGAGCACGAGAAGCAGGAGGAGCGCGAUCUGCACGAGCGAGAGGUGGCCGACUAUAAAAUGAAACUGCGUGCCGCCGAGAGCGAUAUUGAGAAGCUGCAGACGCGCCUGGAGCGGGCGGUGAAUGAGCGCGAGCGACUCGAAAUCAAGCUGGAGGCAUCGCAGAGCGAACUGGGCAAAUCGAAGGCGGAGCUGGAGAAGGCCACCUGCGAGAUGGGCCGCAGCAGCGCCGACUGGGAGUCCACGAAGCAGCGCAUCGCACGCCUCGAGCUGGAGAAUGAGCGGCUGAAACACGAUCUGGAACGUUCGCAGAACGUACAAAAGUUAAUGUUCGAAACGGGCAAAAUAUCGACAACGUUUGGACGCACCACAAUGACCACGUCCCAGGAGCUGGAUCGGGCCCAGGAGCGAGCCGAUAAGGCCGCUGCCGAGUUGAGGCGCACACAGGCUGAGCUGCGAGUGACACAGUCGGACGCGGAAAGGGCACGCGAAGAGGGCGCCGCCCUGCAGGAGAAGCUGGAAAAGAGCCAGGGCGAAGUGUAUCGACUGAAGGCGAAGCUGGAGAACGCCCAGGGUGAGCAGGAGAGUCUGCGCCAGGAGCUGGAGAAGGCCCAGAGCGGCGUCUCGCGCAUACACGCCGAUCGCGAUCGGGCAUUCUCCGAGGUGGAGAAGAUCAAGGAGGAGAUGGAGCGCACCCAGGCAACGUUGGGCAAGGCGCAGCUGCAGCACGAGAAGCUGCAAAAUUCGCUGGAUAAGGCGCAGAACGAGGUCGAUCAUCUGCAGGAUAAACUAGACAAGGCCGGCACCGAGAACCGACGACUCGUCCUCGAAAAGGAGAAGCUCACCUACGACUACGAUAAUCUGCAAUCGCAGCUGGACAAGGCCCUCGGCCAGGCGGCGCGCAUGCAGAAGGAGCGUGAAACUCUCACCCUGGACACGGAUCGCAUACGCGAAAAGCUCGAGAAGACGCAGACGCAGCUAGCGCGCAUACAGAAGGAGAGGGAUCAGUUCUCCGAUGAACUGGAAACGCUCAAGGAGCGAUCGGAAUCCUCACAGACGCUCCUAAUGAAGGCCGCACGAGAUCGGGAGGCGAUGCAAACCGAUCUGGAAGUGCUCAAGGAGCGUUACGAGAAAUCGCAUGCCAUACAGCAGAAACUGCAGAUGGAGCGCGAUGAUGCCGUUACCGAGGUGGAGAUACUCAAGGAGAAGCUGGACAAGGCACUGUAUGCCAGUCAGAAGCUGAUCGAUGAGAAGGACACCUCCAACAAGGAGUUCGAGAAGAUGCUGGAGAAGUACGAUCGUGCCCAAAACGAGAUCUAUCGCUUGCAAUGCCGUUGCGAUACUGCUGAAGCGGAUCGGGCCCGUCUCGAGGUGGAGGCGGAACGUUCCGGCUUGGCCGCCACGAAGGCGCGUGAAGAUCUGCGCAAGCUGCAGGAUGAGAGCACACGGCUGCAGGAGGCCUGCGAUCGGGCUGCCCUGCAGCUCAGUCGAGCCAAGGAGUGCGAGGAUAAUGCGCGCAGUGAACUGGAGCACAAUCGGGAUCGCUUCGAUAAGAUACAGACGGACAUCCGUCGCUCCCAGGGUGAGAAGGAGCACCUCCAGUCGGAGCUGGAGCGCGUCACCUACGAACUGGAGCGUGCACAUGCGGCACAAACGAAGGCAGCCGCCAGUGUGGAGGCUGCGAAGGACGAGGCCGCCCACUAUGCCGUCGAGCUGGAGAAGAUGCGCGAGCGUUACGAAAAGAACCAAGUGGAGCUGCGCAAGCUGCAGGAUACGGAUACGUUCGGGCGUGAGACGCGCCGAUUGAAGGAGGAGAACGAACGGCUGCGUGAGAAGCUGGACAAGACACUGAUGGAGCUGGAGACGAUACGCGGCAAGUCGCAGUACGAGUCGGAAUCGUUUGAGAAGUACAAGGAUAAAUACGAGAAGAUCGAGAACGAGAUACAGAACAUGGAGUCGAAGCUGCACGAGACGAGUCUACAGCUGGAGCUGUCGAAGGGCGAGGUGGCCAAACUGCUGGCCAAUCAGGACAAGCAACGGAGCGAACUGGAGCGUGCCCACAUCGAGCGGGAGAAGGCGCGCGACAAGCACGAGAAACUGCUGAAGGAGGUCGAUCGUUUGCGCCUGCAACAGUCCUCGGUGAGCCCCGGCGAACCGGUGCGCUCGUCCGCCUCGAUGUCGAUCUCGGCGGGCGAGCGACAGGAGAUCGAUCGGCUGCGUGAUCGCCUCGAGAAGGCGCUGCAGUCGCGCGAUGCUACCGAACUGGAGGCCGGUCGCUUGGCCAAGGAACUGGAGAAGGCACAAAUGCAUUUGGCCAAACAGCAGGAGAACACCGAGUCUGCGCGCAUCGAAUUCGAGCGCAUGGGCGCCGAGCUGGGCCGUCUGCACGAUCGUCUCGAGAAGUCCGAGUCGGAGAAGGAAUCGCUGCGAACGCAAGCCGGACGCAGUGGCGCCGCGGGCGGCGCCCAUCCGCAGCUGGAGAAGCACGUCCAAAAACUGGAGAGCGAUGUCAAACAGCUGGCCAUGGAGCGCGAGCAGCUGGUGCUUCAACUGGAGAAGAGUCAGGAGAUACUCAUGAACUUCCAGAAGGAGCUGCAGAAUGCCGAACAGGAAUUGCAAAAGACACGCGAGGAGAAUCGCAAGCUGCGCAACGGCCAGCCCGUUGCGCCCGCCGCACCCGCCGAACUGCAGGCCAUGCAGAAGGAGAUCCAGGUGCUGCAACAGAAGCUGCAGGAGUCGGAGCGCGCUCUGGCGGCAGCAGGACCACAGCAACAGCAGGCAGCCGCUGCAGCAGGCGCCGCGGGCGCCACGCGCGAGGAGAUCGAACAGUGGCGCAAGGUCAUCGAGCAAGAGAAGAAUCGCGCCGACAUGGCCGACAAGGCCGCCCAGGAGAUGCACAAACGCAUACAGCUGAUGGACCAACACAUCAAGGAUCAGCAUGCCCAGAUGCAGAAAAUGCAGCAGCAGAUGACACAGCAGCAGCAGCAGGCGGCGCAACAACAGCAACAGACGGCAGCUGCCAGCGCCACCAGCGGCGUCGACGCCAAGGAGCUUGAAAAGGUCAAGGUUGAGCUGCAAGCGGCCUGCACGGAACGUGAUCGCUUCCAGCAGCAGCUAGAGCUCCUCGUCCAGGAGCUGGAGAAGAGUCAGAUGUCCAAUCAGGAGCAGGCGAAGCAAUUGCAGACAGCGCAGCAGCAAGUGCAACAGCUGCAACAGCAAAUCCAAACGCUGCAGCAGCAAAUGCAACAGCUGCAGCAGGCGGGCAGCGCGGGGGCGGCGGCAACAGAUGUGCAGCGCCAGCAGCUGGAGCAGCAGCAGAAGCAGCUGGAGGAGGUGCGCAAGCAGAUCGAUAACCAGGCGAAGGCCACUGAAAGCGAACGCAAGAUCAUCGAUGAGCAGCGCAAGCAGAUCGAAGCGAAGCGCAAGGACAUCGAGGACAAGGAGAAGAAAAUGUCCGAAUUCGAUGUGCAGCUGCGCAAGCGUAAGGAGCAAAUGGAUCAAUUGGAAAAGUCAUUGCAAACACAAGGGGGCGGUGCGGCGGCCGCCGGCGAGCUAAACAAGAAGCUGAUGGACACGCAACGGCAGCUCGAAGCCUGUGUGAAGGAACUGCAAAACACAAAAGAGGAGCACAAGAAGGCGGCAACUGAAACGGAGCGACUGCUGCAAUUGGUACAAAUGUCACAGGAGGAGCAGAACGCCAAAGAAAAGACCAUUAUGGAUUUGCAACAAGCCUUAAAGAUCGCUCAAGCCAAAGUCAAACAAGCACAAACACAACAACAGCAGCAGCAGGACGCUGGGCCCGCUGGCUUCUUGAAGAGCUUUUUCUAAACAGAGAGCCACUGAAUUGUGUGUACAAAUACUUGUUAGUACAACAAGUAUUCACAAACCUAACACAACAAAUAACAACAAAGAACAGCACUGUCUACUAUUUUGUAUACUACCGAUUACCGAUACCGAUACCGACUAUGCAGUAUUUCUUCUACUACUAUGUACCACACAGACACACUCACACACACACACAUUUGUAAAUGACAUAUGUAAAAUGCAAGCAAAUUAUUUGAUAUUUAUUGUAUUGUAAUUAGGUUGCCGCUAUACUCAAAUUAUGGAUGCAUUUAUGUAAAUGUCAGUCAGAUCGUAACGCGUACUUUGUAACUCUCUCUCUCUCUUUCAAACUCGAACAUAAAAUUAAACUUAACUCAAUGUAGACCUUUAACAGCCCACAAAUAAUCUCUGUCUCGAUUUCUAACCCUCUCACACACUUUCUUUUUCUCAACCUUUCUCUCUAUCUAUCUAUUUGCUGUCUCGCUGUCUGUUGAACUUGAUCUUUUUGUCAAUUUUCGACCUGAAAGUAGACUAAGCUUUCUACCCAGCACAGCCCUCUGAUUUGUACUCAAACUGAGCUCACACACACAAACACCUUUUGUCAAGUAUCACAUGUAAUUAAAUACUUUUAUAAUUAUUCAAAUUCUUUAAAGUUGAGAGUCGGGCAUUUGUGUGUGUGUGAACCCAGAUUGAGUUGAAGUUUCUCUCGGCACAGAUGUCUGCAAAGAUAAACCCAAAUCAUUAGUUUUGCAUAAGGCGCGAAUGUGAUUCACAAAACCAAAACAAAACAAAAUAAGAAGGAAACAAAAGCAAA